AGUCUCACUCGCUCAGUGUAGAGUUGGUGCUGUUGGAAGGAGGUUGUGUCCGGUCGAGCUCUCGUCCCCCAAACGUGGGGUAUCGUUACCCCACAUAUCUGUCUGUGGCCUGAUAGGUGCUUUGUUACUUGACAAAAGUCCCUUGAACGGGAAGGAAAAGUUGAUGCUUAAUCAUGAUGCCAGUGCGGUGGUGAUAGUGUCGGUUGUCUUGAUAUGAAACAAGACUUUUUUUAAAACAAGAUCACAAUAAUUUUUUGUCUUUAUUUGGCGAGAAGAGAGAGAGAGAGAGAGAGAGGCACAAGUGGGAACCACCACCUCACCUGAGGACGAUCAUCGCUUUACUUCCUUCUCUGGAAUAACCUCGUCGUCGGCGGCGUCGGAAGGAAGGAGAGAGAUAAGAAGGUCGUCUGUGACGUCUUCCUCAAACGAACAACGAUUAUAAUUUUAGAUUGUGUGGUAAUAAUGUAGUCCAGUCACCGUGGCCUAUUCUCAGUGGUGGAUUGGUGGAGGAACCAAUAUGGCUGCUCCACGAGACGAUGAAACUAAUGGUCAAGACCCGGGAGGAGGCGGUGGAGGGGGAGGCCUGGGUGGAAGUGGUGAGGGGCGUAGCCCUCGAGAAGACACGCCCCCAGCACCCUGUGCCGCCUUUUGUGGUCCUAGAUCAUGCUCAACUUUACCUCCUUCCCUCUCUCCUCAACCACCACAGCAACCUCAACAGGCACCAGUGUCUACGGAGCCCAAACGCCGACGGUUAUGGGGCCUACGGGGGCUGGUGAAAAUGUUCCGACGCCGGGUACGCCGUCGAGCCGACGAAAGCGUCAGCCCUCAGCCUCCAGAGCCGACUCUGAGGGCGAGGUCCACCUCGGAGUUGGCCGUGGACAUCCAGCACAGCCGAAACAGCGGCACUUACAACCAGGGCCUGAGCGUCUCCCACGAUUCCGUCUUUAGCCCUGACACCAGCGCCGACGCCCACCAUGGCCACACCACCCCUCCAGCCCUGGCCAUUGCUACCAGGGAUGCAAAUAUUGCCGAACUGAAGGCUGUCCUUCGUCGCCGUCGAGGUGAUGACUCGGGGUCCGGUGAUGACGACCCAGGCUUACCCAGGUCACCUCCUACUUCGCCUACUACGUUAGACGUCCUCAAUCAUGGCCUCAAGAGUUGUUCAAGGGCUACACAAAGCACCUGCAGCGAUGGCUCUUUGUUGUCAAUGGGCAGUUCUGAGAAUGACGAGGACUCUUUGGGCAUUGGGUCUCACCAUUCUUCCAAGGUGUCGCUGUUGGAAGGACGACAUCAAGUUGUCGCACGUCCUGCUAGCAAAGUGAAGACGAGGACUAGGCAGAGGGCCACUUACUUGAGUGACAGCAUACUGGAUGGACGGGAUCCCUUUUCCAAGUCGCAGGAUAAUGAACCUGUUGCUGGUGCUGUUCCACUAAGCCAUCAAGCAGCUCAUCACAAGAUCUCCGUUAGGCCUCGUCGAACCCAUGGUGCACCACGUUCAAGGAGGUCUGCUCAGAUUGCUGGGCAGAUGAGUCUGCCUGCAACCCCAGAAGUCAAUGAGGAAGCCAACAGUAAAAAUGCUACUCCACCAAAGCCUGCCACUGCCACAGUUCCUCCAUCUCUUGAUACUGCUGUCAUACAGCCAGUUAUUGAUGACCAAAUUAAGCAAGAAUCCAGUGUCACUACUGAAAGUCAUGAGCCUGAAAAGAAAGAUGAACCACUGCUUCAGAGAAUAUUUGGAAGUGUACGGUCUGGGAGGCGGAGAUCUCGAGGCAGUGGUGACGAGAGCCGUGAAAACAGUGUAAGCCCGAUGCGCCGUGGAGGUGACCAAAGAACUUCAAGAGAAAAACGAAAGGAUUCAUCAGGGUCAAAGUUCCCCAUGUUAGGGAGAACCUCUACUAAAUCACGUCAGGAAACACAUCCUUUACCUCCAUCAGGUAAAGUGAGAGAUCCAAGUCGAGAGAGGUCUAAACAAGAAGCAGUCUCUUCUUCACCUCAGACACCUCGGUCAGCGAGUGUGGAAGGGCGUUUAGAAAGUACAACUCCAGGCCCACCAAGUGUUUUCCGAAUGUCUUCAUAUGAAGAGCGUUCAUCUCGACCUAUAGAAGGUGUAAGGAAGGUUAAAAGUUUCAGAGAAAUUCAAGGAAGUCAGCAUGAAGUUCACCCCAAGAUCACUCCUGCUCAGAUAAAUUGCGAAGAUAAUGAAUUGUCCCUCAAAAAGACUUCAUCAGUUGAAAGUUUAGAUGGUGAUACAAAAACUUCAUCGUCACGAACAAUAUCGUCAAGUGGUGUUACUGACAUAUCUGCCUCAUCUCAUCGAUCAAUAGAUUCUCUUACAAAUACAUCACUUCCAGGAGUUUUCAUUCGUCCCCAGUCUCAAAGUCAGUAUAAGGUUUACAAGCAUAAACAUCAUGAACAACAGCUUUCAAGCCAGCAAGAAGCCCUUAGUGGACAAGAUAUUAAUUCAGGACCUCUUUCUUUAGAUUCUAGCAUAACCUUGCAAUCCCGUGAGCCUGAGGAUUUGCUUAGGAAAGCAUCUAGUGUGUCUCAUGUUGGAUAUACUACAGAUGCAUAUAAAGCCAGUCUUGCCAAAGAUGUAGAUCAGUUAGAACCUGCAAGCAAGAGGGUCGUAGAUAUGAAAUCUGGAUCCAAGUCAAUUUCUGUCGAAGAUAAAUUAGACUCCCGCGUAAAAGAGUCCAAAAAGUAUCCUGGGAAUGCUGUACAGACUGAGACUGAUGGAACAUUAAAACAUAAAGGGUCAGACGAGGGAGAAGUUGAUGGCGAAUCUCUUCGCCGUCGCUCAUUAAAGAAAGAACCCAGUAUGAAACGAAUUAUUACUCGUGAACCAGAUCCUUCUCCAGUCCCAGAGUUCAUGCGUAUCCAGCUUAACAAAGUUGAAAGUAAAGGGCAUUCUAUUAUUUAUGAUACUGAUAAUGAUAAGCAAGCAAAACUUGAGUCAAAGGUUACAGAGUCAUCUACCAUACUUACAGACAAUGAAUUAAACACUAGUACUAACAUGCAGAAAAUACCCCAAGAAGGACUGAAUAAUGUGAAAAUUGAACCUAGUCAUAUCAUAAUUGAAAGUAGAUCGGAGAAACCAUACAUUAAGAAGAGUAAUAGUAAAGUUGGGAAGAGUAUACAGAGGGAUAUUUCACCAUCUGGAAGUACAUCAGAGAAAAAAGACCAUGAUUCUGGUGUGGAAGGUUCUUCUCCAGAGCCCACAAUUGAACGAGUUAUACUGAGAAAACCACUAGUAUCAGAGAGAGCUCCAGUUAUGGAUCGUGCUAAUUCAGUUGCAGGUCAACCGCUUCCUUCACCCACAAAAAAUGAUCAGCCUGAGCUUUUUAAAGUCUUUGCAAGAAGAUCUUUCAAAAUCAAAGAUGCAGAUAAAGAAAAGUUUCAAUCUUUUGAUUAUGAUGAAGAAAAUAUUGAAGCUGCAAGUGAAAUUUCUGAAGUAACAGUAGUAUCAACCAGACCUGCAGAUAAUUCAUCAUCAUCGUUUAACAACACUGCAACAACUACAGCAGUUACUUCCUUACCAUCAACAGUCCAAGGAUUACAGAAAUCAAGCAUCAAUGCCAUAUCUUUUAAUAAGAAAUCUGUAGGUAAUCCUACUCUCUCAUUCUGUCCACCACCAGCAACAAAUGUGAGUAAUCCCUUAUCAAGUUCACCUGUAUCUCAUAAACCAAGUGUUCAUAUUUUAUCUUCUGCUAAUAAUGCAUCUGGAAUGAGCCCUCCUAUUAAUAUAAGUUCUGCUCCAUUAGGUAUUACUACUACCUCCCCAAGCAGUAGUUUUAAUACUAAUCAGCAAAGUAAAUCAUCUGUUUCCCCUGUUCAAGUGUCAGUUAUACGUCCAACCAACACAUCUCCUGAUGUUACUAUGUCAGAAACAAAUACAGUAGUACCUGUUCAGCAGAGUGGUAUUACAAGUAAAAUUAUUAGUAGCCGACUAGCUUCAAUGAAUGUUACAGGAACUAGUGACAGUACAAGUGGAGAUGAAUUAGAAAAUAGUUCAACUCCUCCUUCUGUAACUCCAGUACCAAAGACUUCUAGAUCAGGCUCUGGGCUUGUUUGGCCACCCCGGCCUUAUUACGAAGAAGAAACACAGUCUCCUCAAUAUAUUUCACAAAUUAGGAGGUUAUCUAGCAGUCCAGGUUCACAUGAUCUAGAAGGAAAUAAAACACUAAUAAAAUCUGAUGAAAAUCAGGAUCCAGUAGAGAUUUCACCACUUGACAUUGGUGCUGCAAGACGCCGAUUUAUGAGUGGGGGCAAAGAUUGCCAUGCUGCAGUUACUACGGCUGCACAGAUACUACCAGCAGUCUCUACACCUACCACAGUUCAAAGCACCAGCUGUUCAGGAGUACCUAAUUCUAAAACUGGUUCAUCAGUAACAGAGGCACGAAACGCAACACCAUCCUUUACAAUCACGGUACGCACACAGUCUGUACCAUCAGAGCAUACAACUGCCUCUGACACAAACAUGAGUAUAGAGCAGAAUGUACAUAGUAUACAGAAAUCAGAACAAGGGACUUCAUCUCCAGCAACAGAGGACUGGAGAGUACUGGUGCGACAGCGGCGAGAGGGAAGACUGAAGCAAACUAAGACGCCAGAUUCCGAAGAAAUUAUAAUAGAGACUCGACCACCCGUCUCUCGAAACAGCAAGGUUCUUGAGAUGGCCAACAACUUCCAGAAGCUUCAGGUUGCCUAGCAGAAGCUUUAUCCAGGACAACAAUGGGCCAAAUGACAUUGAAAUUUGUUUAAUUUUUUGCUCUAACGGUUGACCAUCUCUGAACCUCAGUUCACUCUGUCACAAGAGUAUAAAUGAGUGCAACCUCAGAGAUGAGCAGAGUAGAUUAGUAAUUAUUUACUACCCUCAGGACAAUUUAAAUCUGACCAACUUUUACGUGUGGUACUGAUACUAUGACUGCCGUUUUGAAUAGAUUUUGUUACGAAUUUUUAUAUUACUUACAAAAGCAUUUGUAUGAAAUUUAUAUUAAAUCAUAUCUGUAGAAGUUAUUGAAUAGCUAAAUAAUUUGUUCUUUCCUAAUAAAGAGAUUAUUUGUGUAAUAUUUAGUAGUUACAGAAAAAUGUAGAUGAAAUGUAAUAUUUCAUGAUGAGUUUUAGAUAACUUUUUUAUAGACAUCAUACUUCAGGUAGAGCUAGCUAUAAAAGUACUGUAUUAUGUUGGCAGUCUUAUAAUGUGUACGGUACACUAUGUUAAUACUAAUGACAAUAGAAGUGUCUGUCGUACUGUUAAACAGCACUACCUUGGGAACAGUUAAACAAUUAGAGUAUUAAAAUUGAAGAUAUGUAAAUUAAAAUUUACUAUUUAAAUGCCUAAAUGAAAAUUUCAAAAGCUAAAUUCUUGAAACCUGGCCCUAGAACGCAGUUUGCUUCUUAUACUCAUGCUAACAACCUGGACAGUUGAAAGUAUGUAUAACUGAUUAGGAUUUUUUUAUUUUAAAAGGGAAAGAUAUAUAUAAAUAUAUUACCAUAUAUAGUACUUAGCUUUAAGAUAAACUUUCUUUUUUCCGAGAAAGAGAAAAAGGUAGUAUAUACUAUAUGUGUAGUGUAUGUAAAUAGAUGUAAAUAGAAAUGGACAAAAGCAUGUGUAGCAUAUUUGCUUAUGGGAAAUAUAGCUCUUAGGGGUUUAAAAGAAAUUGUAAAUUUUUAAAAUUUGACAAAAUGUUGGUCCAACAUGUUUCAGAUUAAUGGGUAAAAGGAUUCUGGAGUUUUACAUAAAAUCCUUUCUACAGUGCUGUUAGAGCUAAAAUCUGGAUUGCAUUCAAUUUUAGUUAAAAUUUAAUUACGCUGUUCAAAAUUACUUUUUGUAAUUAAAAGGAAAAAGUUUUUUUGAUAGAAUUAUUCCUUUCCUCACCAUUUACAAUUUUAGGUCAUCAUAAAGUGCAUGUAAUAAAAUAUAAAAAGUUCAUAAAAAAUCAUUGUGAAAAUACACCCUAUGUACCACAUUUUUUUGGCAGGGUAAAGAUGUUUCUGAAAUGACACUUAUACAGGGUGGGCAUUUAUUUAUAACAUUUUUCAUAAAAUAUUAAUUAAAUAAUUACCGAAGUAUGUACAUUGCCACAUCCAAAUAUUUUAGUUAUGUAUAAAAUACCUUCUUAAAAUCACUUCAAGCCUAUUCAAAUUCUUGUUCUAACAACAAACCAACAUGUACGGUACUUACUUUAAUGAUGUGCUUUUAUGGUUCCAGUGGUGUGCUUUUAAUUCACCUGUACAAGUUAAGACUUCUUCAUAAACUUCCUUAUAAAGAAACCCUCAAGGAAGAAAGUGCCAAAUCCUGAUAGGAUGUUGAUCAUGGAUCCUGAGUCAAUUACUGUUACAGUAUUCUGUCACUCAUAUGUUGAUGCAAAAUCUCUGCAAAAAUUCACGCAGAGGUACCCCAUUAUUGUUUAAGUACUGUUGGAAUGUCCCUCAGUAAUUGUGCUUCGUUAUUCAGAUCUCUUGAAAAUAACCUGAAAAAAAAAAUUAUAUUUAACUCACAAGAGCAAGAAAAAAUGUGUCGGUUAUAAAUUUAUCACCCUGUAUAAGCAGUAGAGUUUCAUUACUAAUCUUGACCCUUCUCUUCCUAAUUCUGGAGAUGGCAUUAUUCAUUAAGUUAAACAUGAGGUUUUUAAUCUUACUAAAGAAAAAAAAAUGUGAUACACCGUGUCUCCAAAACAUGUCAAUAAGGAAAAACUAGAAUUUAAAGUUUUGUUUGAGACAGAGGACUAGGCAAAUGAAUUCAGUCUCCCUCCAAGACUUAUUAGUGGUUCAUUAACAAUAAAGCAAGAAGAAUUAUCCAUGUGUAAUUGGUAGAUGUUUGUGAUUACUCUUAGUUCCUAUAUGUAACCAGAAGGCAUUCUAUAGUCUUAAAAACUCCCUCUUUUUCCCCUGUGCAUCUAGCAACUUGUUUAUAACAUACAGCAUACUGUUGAUUGUUACAAAGGAUGGUCUGUUAGUCAUUCCCCAAACAACACAAUGGUAAUUCUCAUGAUCGAGUUCUGUAUAAUAACCCAGGGCUUUGUUUUGUGUUAUCAGCUGACCAGGUGCAGGUAUUUUGACACUAACCACUGGUGUUUUAUCAUAUAGCUACUGAGGAAAAUAACAUUUAACUUAAUAAGUAAAAACUUUUGCUGUGUGGGGCAGAGAAAAUUAAAUUUGCCUUAUUUUUUGCAAAUGAAUUCUUUCUUGUUAAUUACUUAUUUUGCCGGUUAACCAAAAAAAAAAUAAAAAACUGUGAUUACCAAGAAACAUUUAUCUUAUGAUAAAUAAUGUUGGUGUCAGCAUUAAGAUUUAACACAGCCCUCAAUGCGUGAACACCAUACUCUCAUGGUAUAAAUGAAAAGUAAAAUCGUAUUGUUAUAUUUACUGUUGACUCUUUCAUCAUUUGGGACAUUAUCACUUUAUCACAUAGUACUGCUUAAAGCAAAACAAUGUGAAAGUAGAUUACACAAGAUCCAUUUCUCUAAUGCUUUUGUGAUUUGUGUUCACUGGUAGAUUUUUUACAAGAUGCUAUUUUUAAUAUUUCAGCAUUGGUUCAACAAUUAUAAUGACAAUCUGUUGCAUUGUCUACAUAUUCACUUUAUCUUGGCUGUGUGCUUUCUGUUAUUACAAGCUGAAAGGAGAGUGAUUCUUGCACUGCACAUGUUUUGCCGUUACAAUUUUAGUAGCAAAAAUGUUUGUAUUGAAUAAUUCAAGUCUGGUAAUUCAGAUUAUGAACCAGCAGUGUUUGAUAGGCUAGUUAUUUUUAAACUAACUGUAGGAUCAUUAGCCUUCAGUAUGCCCUUGUUCUUAAAACUUUAAUUUUUCUUAUUUUUUGUCCAAAACCACUCAUGUCAUAUCACUUGAAUCUCUUAAAUCAUAGUUUAUGCCUUGAGUAUAAUAUGAAGUCCACUAUAACUUUAUUCCCUAAGCUUCAGUAAGACAGUGCUUGAAUCUACCCACCCUAAGGUGAAAUGCUGUGGAUUCAAAUCUCACCCAAGGCAGAUAAACUAACAUGUCAUUCUGGUUGAAUGUGGGUCUGGUGCUAUAAUGUACAAUAAUAUACCAUAUGAGAAUGCAGGUCACCUGUAAUAUAUACAGUAUGUGGCUUACCUCUUAAGAUUGUUAACUAUUCAACCCAAAUUUCAUUGGAUUUGAAAAAAAAUUAUGUUCUCAGUCCACAACAUAUCAUACAUGAUAUUUUGAUAAAAAUUUAUAGAAUAUCUAAGAAAAUGAAGCAGAGUAAAUGUGGACUGUUAUAACCUGGCAAGCAUUACACAUAUAUACUGCAUAAGGUGUCAGGAAAGUCAGAAAUAUAAACUGCCUCAAAAUUAUGCAACAUCCAGAGCCUCACAUCAAUAAGCAAAAAUGCUGGUAUGUUCUGGAAAUAAAAAAAAAAAAAAAAAAUAAGAAAUCAAUGCCACAACAAGAGAAAACCCCUCAAUUAACAUACUGAUAAAAAUAGUAAAAGUAAAAGUAUUAAAAUGUAAGGAAUAAGGAACCAAUUGUCAGACGCUGUUAAUGGAUGCAGAAAAUAUUUACAAAAGCAUAAUUAUUAUUAUUACUAUUAAUAAACCAAGCCAUCAUACUGAACUUGUUUAAGCUAGUGUGAACAGUUGAAAAAAAAGUGCUUCACAUUUAUAAAUUAACUAGUUUUUAUACCAUGCUAAAAUACUUUAGAAAACAGGUCUACACUACCCAUUUAGGUAAAUUUAUUGCAACUUGAGAUAAAUUCCUAAAUCAAAAUAGCAUAAAAUACGUACUUAUAACCUCAUCUAUAACUCUUUGUUGUGUUUUGUAUUUUAAAGCUGCAUAAACACAGACAUUUCCAAGUACAUAAAAAAUGUAUAUUUUGUUAAUUCUGUGCAUCUAGAUACUCUACACAGUUUUUCAAUGCUUUAUUUACUUUCCUGAGUAAAAUACAUUCUUUCCAAAGUGAAAUUCUGGAACCAGUCAUCAUGAAAACUAAACUAUGACAAAACUUUAAACUAGUAAUUGUUCAACAACCACUAGAAGCCACAGAUAUUUUACUCAACAAAAAUUUUUGCUGUUAAUACAUUUUAAAAAUGUUCCUGCAGCUGUUAAUAAAUUUUAAAAAUGUGCAGCUGUUAAUAAAUUUUAAAAAUGUAAGAAAUGUCAAAGGAAAUAUUAGAAAUUCUCCCAAAUUAAGCUGUAACACUUACCUAAUCUGUUGCAAAACUAAACUUGGUUUUAGCAACCGUACACAGAACAAAAUUUAUAAAUAUUAAAAAUAAAAAAUAUGCUAUUGCUAAAUUUCUGUACCAUAAAAAUGGCAAUUUACCUUUUAAAACAGGAUUAAAAAAAACCAUGAUUAGGAAAAGGUGUUUGGUAUAGUCCUCAAUAAAACUAGAGGUAACAAGUUAAAGUAAAAGCAUCAAAAACUUAACCUUUGAUGAAAUAAGAUUAUUAACCAGCAAACAAGAAAUGUUUCUGAAAUAUAUAAAAACAUUAGAGUAACCACUCCCAAUUCAACAUAAUCAAUCCAGACUAUUUCGUGAUACUGACAACUACUAUUAAUAGUGCUUUGAUUUAAGAUACACUUAACAAUUUUACUGUGAUAAAAUAAAUCUGUAGGACACUUAAUUAUCUGGGAUUAUGGGAAUUAUUUCCAAUGUAAACAUAAUAACAAAGCUGAUUUCACCAAUAGAAAAUCCCUUCCAGUCAGCAAAGUUUUAAUUACUUUACUACUUAAGUACUGUGAUUUUAUUCACUAAUUAUAAUUUUAUUCAUCAUUCUUUCUGAACUAAUAAUGUCUACUGUACUUCUCGACCAUAUUUGUAAUCAGACUAUUGAUCUUUCUUUCUUUUCAUAUGAUAUCAAGUGCCUAUGUUCAAAAAUUUAAAUUGCCUGUGCAUAGUGUGUGAUAAUGAUUUUCCAAAAUUACUUAUGGUAUAAUAUACAUAUAAUAAUAAAUCACUAAUAAAGAAAUUAUCUAGGAUACAUACAUAUUCUACACCAGUGAUUUGGAAAUUACUCCAUUGUGUCUAAUUAUGUGCCUUUGAUAAACUGUACAUAUGGGUGAAGAUGUGUGUUUACUGUAUUAGUUGUGUAUCACAUGUAAUGUAUAUCAGAAAAACAUGGCAAUGUUUAUCAUGA